AUGGAGCCACUACUAACAACCGAAGUGCAACUUUAUCAGGAUAAGCUGAUAGGGAAAAAAUGGAAAUCCUACAUCGCCAGCUUCUUCGAAGAGAACUCGUUAGGGAAGGCUAGAAUCGAAUUAUUCCAAAGUGAUGGCAAAAAGAGAGAACCUGCAAAAACAAUUCUACUCGACAAUGUCGUUUCUUUGAAACCAGCAAAAACAGAGAGUGGAGCAUCUUAUGUGAAAGUACAAUAUAAAGAUGACUCUUUUGUGCAAUUUUCAAGUGAAGAACUUCAAAAGAUCAUGGAUAUUCUCAGUUCUAUCUGUUUUCCAAAAAGGAUGCAAUAUGUCACAAUUGCCCCGAGUACAUCUUUGGACUCCCCAGCGGAAGAAGAAGAAUACUUUGAAUUUCCUGAAACAUAUACAAUGCUGAAAUUGAAACAAAUCAACGGACGGGAAGGAACAGAAGGGGUCUACAACUUGUCACUGAACGAACAUCUUCAAAUUAGUGGACCAAGCAGCAUUCAUUGCAUUCCGUAUCAAUCUCUGCAUUGGGUUGGCACUGGAGAACAUUGUGUCGGAUUCGGUAUUGAAAAUUUGGGAAUCUUUGAAUUCGCUACUGGGGACGCUCUUUUGUUUGUGGAACAUUUGAGAAGCUAUAUCCGAUUUGGUUGUGACUUCAGCACCCCUCAGGUCAAAACGAUUUGCCGAUUCAAUCGCUAUUUUCAUCCGAAUAGACUCGUAAAUAGCACGAGUCCGGGGCUUAGUAACAAUUCAACAAUGGAAAGUGUGGAUAGCGGUGGAGUCUACUCGAAAAUUCCUGGUUCCACCGACACGUCAGUUUCGAGUUUGCAAUUGAACGAAGUGGAAUUUGUGAACAGAGUUGUGAAGAAUGAGUUGAGACGAAAUGCUUCGAUGGAGAUGUUGAGACACAAAAUUUCUUUCUUACAAAAGAAAAAGAACGAGUCUCGAACUGACUUUGAAGAAUCGGCAGACAGAGACUUUGUAAGAGUCCAACUGCCGAAAGGAAUCCUGCUAGAGCAAAACAAAUUUUCGCCGACGAAAAGCGUGUCGUUCCAAGAUAUGGAUUCAAUGACGUCUGAGAAUAAGAUUCACGCCCGCCACACCGACUUGUAA